CACGUGUCAGCGCUCCAGGCCUUACUUCCGGUUCAACAUGGCGGCAUCCAUGGCUUGUCAGGCGGUAGUAAGAGGACUCCGUGGAGCGAGUACUAAACAUCUGUUUGUGAACAGAAACAAGUUAUCAAGGGUGAGCCCCAGAAGAUGGCUGAACCUGCAGGAGUACCAGAGCAAGAAGCUUAUGCAGGACAGUGGCGUGACUGUGCAGCGGUUCUUUGUGGCUGGCAGUGCAUCUGAAGCUCUGGAGGCUGCAAAGAGACUCAAUGCAAGGGAGAUUGUCCUAAAAGCUCAGAUUUUAGCUGGAGGAAGAGGCAAAGGAGUGUUCGACAGCGGCCUGAAAGGAGGGGUGCAUUUAACAAAAGACCCUGCUGUGGUUGGCGACCUAGCCGGUAAAAUGCUUGGCUUCAAUCUGACCACCAAACAGACCCCUAAGGAAGGAGUAAAAGUAAACACGGUUAUGGUUGCUGAAGCUCUGGAUAUCUCCAGGGAAACGUAUUUUGCCAUUCUGAUGGACCGUUCCUGUAACGGACCUGUGAUGGUGGGCAGCCCUCAGGGUGGAGUGGACAUCGAGGAAGUGGCUGCCACGACACCAGAACUCAUCUUCAAAGAAGUCAUAGAUAUAUUCGAGGGGGUUCGAGACGACCAGGCGCUACGUAUGGCAGCUAAUUUGGGAUUCAAAGGACCAUUGGAGAGGCAGGCUGCAGAUCAGAUUAAGCGACUCUAUGAUCUGUUCCUAAAAGUCGACGCCACUCAAGUCGAAGUCAAUCCGCUUGGAGAAACACCUGAGGGGCAAGUUGUUUGCUUUGAUGCUAAAAUCAACUUCGACGACAAUGCAGAGUUCAGACAGAAAGCUGUGUUUGCUAUGGACGACACUGCUGAGAGCGACCCCACGGAGACCGAGGCAGCCAAAUAUGACCUCAAGUACAUCGGACUGGAUGGAAACAUAGCUUGUUUUGUCAAUGGUGCCGGUCUUGCUAUGGCAACGUGUGACAUCAUCGACCUGCACGGCGGAAAGCCUGCCAACUUCCUGGACCUGGGUGGAGGUGUAAAGGAGAACCAGGUGUACGUCGCCUUCAAACUUCUCACUGCUGAUCCCAAGGUAGAAGCCAUUUUGGUAAAUAUCUUCGGAGGUAUUGUUAACUGUGCCAUCAUUGCUAACGGGAUCACCAAGGCCUGCAGAGAACUGGAGCUCAAGGUACCACUGGUGGUUAGGCUCGAAGGGACUAACGUUCAGGAGGCAAAGCUUAUCCUUUCCAAGAGUGGGUUGCCAAUCACAACUGCCAGUGAUCUGGAGGAUGCAGCCAAGAAGGCUGUUGCCGCCAUUGCCAAGAAAUAAGUGCAUUGCCAUAUACGCAGACAUACAAAACAGACACACAGCUAUACACAUGCAUCAAGACAGGCGUGGCCAGCAUCACCAUAUAGCCUUAUACACCUCGUUCAUUCACUCAUGCCUGGGUGAAAGCCACUUAUCUCAUCUGCCUUAUGAACCAUACAUGCAUGCCAACCAAACCUAGUAACACUAGUGUCUUUCUCUUUGGAUGGUCUUGUAUUUUAUACCCUAUUCACAAGUCAUUUGUAUUUUUAAGUGUUCUAAAAUAUGGAGCAAAUAAGUCAGGAAUACACAAAAGGGUUUCAAAUAUGGGAUUUAGGAAACAUGGAAAAUCUGAUUAACACAGUACAUGCAUAUUUUUGUUUGUUUUAAUGCACCAAUUUAUAUAGCAGAGUAAAUAACAAUAUAUAUAUAUAUAUAUAUAUAUAUAUAUAUAUAUAUAUAUAUAUAUAUAUAUAUAUAUAUAUACCGAUCAGCCACAACAUUAAAACCACCUGCCUAACAUUGUGUAUGUCCCCCUCGUGCUGCCACUAGAAGUGCCAAUAGUAUUCUGAGAUAUAUACUUCUCACCACAAUUGUACAGAGCGUUUAUCUGAGUUACUGUAGACUUUGUCAGUUCAAACCAGUCUGGCCAUUCUCGGUUCUCGAUAUAACAUUCCUUCACCUCUUUCAUCAACAAGGCGUUUCUGUCCAUAGAACUGCCACUCAAUUGAUGUUUUUUUGUUUUUGGCACCAUACUGAGUAAAUCUAGAGACUGUUGUGCAUGAAAAUCCCAUGGAGAUCAGCAGUUACAGAAAUGCUCAAACUGAGUAUCAGUACAAUUGUGGUGAGAAAAAUGGCAUCACCGAAUGCUAUUCUGAGAUGUUGGUUGGCACUGUUUUGGUGGCACGAGGAGGACCUACACAAUAUUAGGCAGGUGGUUUUAAUGUUGUAGAUGAUCGGUGUAUAUAUAAAUAUGUGUGUGUGUGUGUAUAUUUUAUAUAUAUAAUCAUAGCUUAAUUGCAUUCCAUAUUAAUGCUGUUACUGGAUCACCUUAAGUAAACCAUAAAAAAUUCCAGUAUCAUGUGAUUGGGUGGAAUAGUCCUGUUAAUUUUUUUUAUAUGAUUAAAACUGAAAUGCAUCCCAAAUGUAAUGUUGAUUUGUUAAUCUCCAUAUGAUAUUACUGUCCUAAUCUGACAUAAACGUUUAUUGAGUUUGUGAGGGUGUGAUAAAUUAGGUGACCUGACAGAGACAGACUGGUUUUUCUGGGUAUAAAAUUUACAUUUGUAGAUUAGGUAAUAUGCCUUAGUUAAAAUAUCAUGAUUUGUGGAGUCUGCAAUAUUUCUGAUGAUAUUGAACAAUAAAUGCAAUAUUGAUUCUUAUGUUUCCUGAUCAAACUUGUCAAAAUUCAGUGAUUCUCUUACACAUUAUAAUGUAUAAUUCCAAUGAUUUGUGAGGUGUUUUAAAAGAUACAUGUAAUACAUUUGUGUGAAUGGUUUACUGUGCCUGUGUCAUGAAAAGGCUUUAGAAGAAAAAGGCCUGUGUUCCAUUAUUAAUCUAAUGCAUUUCUUCAUUAUGAUACAACAAUUAAUUAAUAUAAUUCACCUUUUUUUUGUAAUCAUGAAUGUAUUUUUGAAGUUAAUGUAAAUAAAAAAAACGAGUCUUAAACAAUUGAAAAUAAAA